AUUGCAUUUUCGCUAAGGAAACAGUUGCUUCGAAUCACCUCAGGAAUUCAUUUUUAGAGACAUUUUUGAAACGCCCUGUAUACGUAUACUAAUUCGGCCAAAACUUACUCUAUCUCUCCAGUGAACAUUCUCACCGAAAAUUACAUACAGCGACGAGCAUUUUUUAAAUGAAUAAAUCAUCGCGUUUGUUAAUAACCAAGUCAUGAUAAAUUGACCAACGAUAAGCGCUACAGUAUCGUGGCACGGUAACCUCGCCGUGUAAAAAUCGUUCUCUAAUAACAUACUUCAUAAUGAAAAUGCUGUCUAGUGAGCUUUCUGCUAACGAGCUUAGUGGAAAAAUUGUAAACAUAUUUGAAGAAUUUAAUGGCCGCCGUUAUCCGCGGACGAAUUUCUAACUUUGUGCAGUGCUAUCUAAUCAGAAUAAUUGCCGUAAUUUGUUCAAACAUAUGGCAUUUCAUUGAAACACGAAAAACCUUUCAACCAGACGCUUAUUAAAGUUUCGCCUACAGAUAAGCCAGAACAAUAAACGGGAAACGUAAACACCUGUUCUCAGCCCCGAAUUCUGUCAGUCGCGAGUACAUUUCGCUCGUCGUCGCUCUCCCUAUUCGAAUUCUAAUCACAGUCGAAAUUGCUCCCUCGUAACGCGAAGUUCAAGACUAAAAACGCUAAAAACGUUAAAAACUCAUUCAUCGAAACAACUAUCGGUGCCGUUUAACAGUAUCCCGGAUUGUGCAACGAAAUAUGUUCGUCCUUUUAACGUAGCGCGAAACGAAAUGAUAAAAUAAUACGUGAAAAAACAAUCGUGCGAAAAUUAACUAAUACGCUCGCAUCGAACGGUUGUAUUUUGUUUCGUGAAAAAAAAAGAAACAACAAAAUUAAUGCUAUUAACAUAUUUCACUGAUAAAUAAAUCACCGGUUUACGAGGCAGCCGUCGAGUUUCGCGCGAUAAUAUUUAAUAAUUCGCGUCGUGCUAAUUGAAAUAAUCGUUUGUAAAACGUGCGCGGGCGAUCGUGCAUGGUCGUUGCCGCGAAUGUAAUUACAUGUGCCACGUAUUUAAACGAACUUUAAGCAUCGGCCACGAGUUUCCGACGCGGUGAACAGUAAUUGCGAUCAUUCUAUGAAUGAGAUUUUUCCGUAAAACAUUAAAUCGGUGCAAUUCAAUCGGAUCGUCAACGAUCGUUAUCGAACGUAACCACGAAAUUUAUUGCGCACCGAUGGGGUCCGGUUAAUUAGCUGUUUAAAGAGAUACUCGUUGUUGAACAAAUAUCGUGAAAGUUUGCGAGAACACAAGCGUACGACUCAUUCUGUCUCUCUGCGAACAACGGACGUCGUUUUCGAACGAAACGUGCACGUCGAACUAGUAAAAUUGGUGCAAUUUCGAACAAUUUCAAUUAUAUCUUCUACGGAUAUAGCGCGCAAAUGAUGUUACAAAGAAUCAGCGACAUUGUUUCGAUGCUGAGCUACAGCCGUUUCCGGUGUAAAGACGUAACGUCUGAGGAUCCUGGUCCAGCGAAUUUCGAACGAGCGAUAAUUAACUCCGGUUAUGGAAAGUUCAACUAUUUGUUGCUGCUGGCCCUGUUGCCCGCGAGUUUCUCCAGCAUCUUUUCAUCAUCGGCGAUAUCGUACGUGUUGCCGUCGGCGCAAUGCGACCUGGGCCUCACGAUGUUCGACAAGGGCCUCCUCAAUUCGAUGACAUUCGCAGGAAUGAUCAGCACCUCGUUUUUCUGGGGCUUCAUGACCGAUACUUAUGGUCGCAAGAAGAUCAUGUUUUACGGUUACAUGGUCACUGGAGUCUUGAGUCUAGCAUCGUGUUUCUCGCACACAUCUUGGCUUUUAAUAUUUUUCAAAUUUCUCGACGGUGUAACCAUAUCCGGCCCGUAUGCCGCCCUAAUGUCGUAUCUAGCCGAAAUACACAAUGACACACAUCGAUCUCGAACUUACAUGUGGCUAGGUGUGUUUUUCUCACUUGGUAACAUUUCUUUGCCUUGUAUCGCCUGGCUGAUCAUUCCCCAAAAAUGGAACGUGAAUCUGCUGGGCAAAACAAUAGAGAUCAGUUCCUGGAGGGUGUUUUUGGCGAUUUGCUCGUUGCCAGAAUUUCUCGCCUGUUUAGCGAUGUUCGCGUUCCCGGAGAGUCCUCGUUUUUUGCUUUUGAAAGGACGAAGGGAAGAGGCUCUGGCGGUUUUCAAGAGAAUAUACGCGGUCAACACCGGCAAAGAUCCGGACACAUAUCCGAUCAAGGAUCUCGCAGAGGAGUUCGACUCCGUCGAAUCGUCCGCCGACAAUAUAAAAGCCAAGGUGCGCUCGUGCCUCCAGCAGAUUAAACCGCUUUUCGUUCCGCCGAAUAUCUACAAGCUUUUCGCAAUAGGUCUGAUUCAGCUUGGCGCCACGAUAGGAUCGAACUCGAUCAGACUGUGGAUGCCGCAGCUGUUCUCCAUGAUGGAACAUUUCAAGAAUAAUUACGCGAAGCUUGAGUAUUCGAGCUCGCAGCCACGCUUUUGUUACAUGCUCGGGCAGGGGCCAGCAGAGAGCAGUUCGGGAACGAGUUUCGCAAACGCAACUUUAAGCACUGCGACCGAAGUGUGCAUACCGGCGGUCUUGAACGCGAAAGUCUUCAUUAAUUCCAUCGUAAUCUCUACGACCGGAGUGGUAGGCUAUACUUUGGCUGGCUCGUUGAUUACAGUCGUAGGGAAAAAGAAACUAAUAGCUACCUGUUUCGCGGUAGCCGCAGCUUGUUGCGGUUCCUUGUACUGGGCACAAAGUACCGACAGUAUUCUCGGAUUAUGUUCCGUUUUCGUAGCCAUGUCGAGUAUAGGCGGUGCCUGCGUCGUCAACAUUAUUGUCGACAAUUUUCCGACGUGUUUAAGAACCAUGGCAGUUAGUUUGACUAUGAUGGUUGGCAGAGUGGGAGCCGUUUUAGGGAAUCUACUGUUUCCAGUUUUGUUCAAACUGUCUUGCAUAGGUCCCUUCAUUCUGAUCGGUUCCGCGUCUCUAGUAUCGGCCUUUCUAGUGGCCCUGCUGCCCAGAAAGCAUUCGGAAGAGGCUAAAUCGAAAGACGUUAUUUGACAAUAACUCCUCACGGACGUUCACUUCAAUCCGCCCGAUUGAAGCCUCAGGAUCUAGCUUGUUCCAACCAAGUA